GCCAUUACUCAAAAAAGAAGUUUCGCGAUAACAUUUUACCGACUAAUUAAAGUAAAGAAAUUUUCAAUUAUAAGAAAUACACAACAGAGACGUGAUAACUACAUUAUAUUAUUUGUUCUUAACACAGAAAGCAAUCAGUAUAAUUGUCUAGAACCACUUUGAGAAUCUUAUUAGACAAAAAUACGCAAAAAUGGCUAUGCCUAAUUUGUCCCAUGCUGACUUGGAAAAGUUGAAGUUUUUUAUAAAUUUCGUGUCGGAAAAUCCAACAGUGCUUAAUUUGCCGCAAUUACAAUUUGUAAAAGAAUUUUUGGAGAAAUUUGGAGGUAAAGUACCGACUGGUGAAUUUAAGAUGCCUACUGGUGCUGCUGGAGGAAAAUGUCCCUUUGGUGGGGACACAGCCGGUGGUAGUGGCAUGAAUGUUGAUGAAUCGGAGGAAUCCGAAUUGGAGGAAUCGGAACCUGAGCCGGAGGUGGAAUUGGACAUGGAAGCCAAAACAAAACAUAAACGGAAAAGGCAAAAGAGUGGACCGGAUUUGGCGGAUAGAUCUAUUAUUGGCGAUAAUUUCAUCAAUACAAGUACAGUGUAUCUCGAGGAAACUAGAGUAAUUAGAAAACAAGAACCUAUAAAAACUGAACGGGAAAACUCCGAUUGUGAAGAAAACAAUAUCGAGGAGUAUGAGUGUCAGGUUGAAGCUGUUUAUGACACUGAUGAAAGGGAUAAUAUUGGGGAGGAGGAUCCUAUCAAAACUAAUCCUGCGCCAGUUACUUUGAAAUUCGAGAUAGAUAGUGAUUGCGAAAAUGAAGACUUACAGGAUGAAAAUUAUAAAGGCGAAGACGAUAGCGAUAGUGACGAGUCUUCCGAAAUGGUGCUUCCGCGAAUAAAAACUCGUAGUUGUAGACGUAAAUUACGAAGUAGGAAAGGGAAGCGUUAUACAAAAAAUCGGCAUUUUUACACAGAACUAAAACCGGAGAAGAAAGUUAGGAAACCUAAACCGAUUAAUUGCAAUGGGAAAUGCAAAAAACAAUGUGGUAAAAUUGAUGAAGAACAACGAUUGAAAUUGUGUAAACAGUUCUGGUCACUGGGUUUCGUCGAACGUAAAAACUAUUUGCUGUCAUGUAUAGAGAAAAAACCGCUUGGCAAAAUGCGCAUAAUAAAGAGAGUAAAAGAGGCACGCCAGCACACUAAUCACUAUUUCAUGCCUUCAAGCGAUGGGGAACGCGUGAGGGUGUGCUUGGGUUUCUUUUUAAAAACACUUGUUAUAAGUGGUUACUUGGUGAAGGAUGCGCUAGAGAACAACGAUGGUAAAGGUCAUUAUACCGGUAUAGAUUUGCGUGGCGGUAGCGGCGAGGGGCGGCGUUUAAAAAGUGAAAUAGCGAAACAGCGACGUGAUAACUCGGUGGAAGAUGCGGGUUCUAGUGCAGAUAAUUCGGUGACUGAAGAUAUAAGAGAACAGAUAAAAGAUGUUGCCACGAAGAAGAUGGCUACAAAUAAAACUGGCAUACUGUAUUCCACAACAAAUAGGCAAAGUGCAGAAAACGAACCAAUGCAGCAGAAAGAAAGUGAUGAAAGUACAAUAGAAAAUACUUCCUCAUUAGCCGCACAGGAAAACAACGGUGCUAAAAAUUUAGUAGUGUUAGCUGAACAUACAGAACGCCCGACCACAACUGUACAGAAAACGAAAUCUAAAUCUUAUAAUCGUCCCAGCAGAAAAGGUAUCCCUGUAAAGAAAGAUCGUGUGCCACAGCCAGUCAAUUGCGCCGAAUCAUGUCGAUUUAAAUGUCACACAAAAUUUACCGAAGAGCAACGUGCACUCUUAUGUGCAGCCUUUUGGCGUUUGAGUUAUAAAAGACGCAAAGACUUUGUGUUAUCGCGUGUUGAAGUGCAUGAAAACACCAGCACGACUGCAGCAGAGCACCGAAAGACAAAUCGUGUACGUGUGUAUACAAAUCGAUAUUUUCUACGUGGCGAACGCGGCGAAAAUGUGCGCGUCUGUUCACGUUUCUUCAAUACAACGCUCUGCAUCGGCAGUCACUUCCUCGCCAAUGCACAAAAGAAUGUCGAUAAGCAGACCGGUGCGUACGCUGGCGAAGAUCGGCGUGGACGUACUGGCAAAAAGAAUAAAUAUUCGGAGGAACUUAUUGGCGGUGUGCGCGAACAUAUCAACAGCUAUCCAACUUGGGUGCCACACAAAAAUUACAAAACACGCUUUCUACACAGCUCAUUGAACAUAAUGAAAAUGUAUGCCGAAUAUAAGGAGGAUUGUGAACGCCAAAAUAAAAUUGCGCUCAGUCCCAGCUACUUUCGUAGGGUAUUCCAUAAAGAUUUCAAGUUGGCUUUCUUGCAACCGACGUCUAAGCAUGCGCACAAAGUAAGCUCACAGCGCAAAUGCAUUGAGACAGUUAAAAUUGAUACUACCAAAAGCAACACUAAUGUAAAUGUUGCUGCUACAUUGGCGGUUGACGGCAUGCUAGUCAAGAUAAACGCCGCGCCUGCAACGAAAAAACUCAAUCCGAACAUUUCCACAUUCACCGGCGAAGAAGGUGGCUUUUGGACGCAAUUGACGCCAAAUGCAACUGAAACUAUGCGUUUCUUGCAGCAGCGUUAUGCGCCACAAGCGCCUACGCCUGUUAUUGUGCCCACAAUAUAUCAUCACCAACAGCAACUAACAGCACAACCACCGCCACCACCGCCACAAACGCAAAUGCAACCACAGCAACAGCAACAACAACAACAGCAGCCACAAGAGGAAAGAUCAGCAAAUGAUAUACGCUUGGAUCCGGAAUUUUUGGCUUACCUUAAGGACAAGGAGAUGCAGCAGAUGCUGCUAGACAUAACAAUGAGUCCACAAAAUAUUGAGAAAUACAAGAACCAUCCGAAAUUCGCUAAAAUAACUGCGUUUGGUGACAAAAUUGGUUUUAAAAAUAUCGCAAAGAUGUUCGAAGGCUUGAACAACAGUACACCAGAGGCGCCUAAAUCCGAACCCAAAACCGAGCCGAAACCACACGAUUUCGAUGAUAAUUUAGAUUAGAAACACCAAUAUAUUUAACUGUUUAACUACUUAGCGCUUUGUAGCGCAAUCUUCUGGAUUAUUAAUCAAUCAAUAUGCUAUAAUAUUAACUAUAAGUUUUUCAAUGGCGAAAGGUGUGUGUUUUAGCGUCGUACUUUCAUUGGUAUCGGUGCAAGCAAAAAUGUCUGGAUUUGAGGUUAUGCACUGAACUUAACGUUAGCUUAAGAAUUCAAAUAAUAAAAUAUUCCUUAAGCCGCUUAAAUGCAUAUAUUAUAUGUUGAAGAAUGAAAUUGUCAAAAAAAAUAAAAAUUUGUUUUAGUUUGUAACUUUAUAGUCUCUGAGACUUUCAACGCAUUUCAAAAGUUAUUUAUAUAUUUUAAUGGUUCUCCUAUCCUAAACCUUCGCUAAUUUACUGUGAAUUGCUAUAUCUAAGCAGCCAGCCUAAGUUUAUUAAGUGGCAGUAAUUAAUGUCACACUUUGCGAAAUAUGAAUUCAUAAUUUUAAACAAUAAAAUCAACGAAAAAGUUAACCACUAGUGGCCAUGUUUAUACACAUACAUACACUCAUACAUAUUUAUUGUUUAUGUGCUGUAUGCUAACGAAAGCUACAGAUAUUUCAUUUUGUAGGCAAAACAAAAACAAAAACUAAUAUGCACUGCAAGCAAUAAAGUCAUACUGAAUUGUAUUGCAAAUAUUAAUACCUACAUGUAAUAAUAGAAAUAAUAAUAAAGGAAAGCAUGCAUUAAAAUUAUAACGGAAAAA